GACUCAACUACUGAUAACUCUACCGAGUGUGUGAGUCAGCAGGAGCUGGCUGCUGUUAGGAAGCAAGUUGACCAGUUACACUCGCAGAUAUACUACUGGCAGAGCAUAAACAUCCGCAACAUUGUCCAGGAUCACUGCUCCUCUCAGAAUACUGAUAACUCAACUACUGAUAACUCUACCGAGUGUGUGAGUCAGCAGGAGCUGGCUGCUGUUAGGAAGCAAGUUGACCAGUUACACUCGCAGAUCCACUACUGGCAGAACAUAAACAUCCGCAACAUUGUCCAGGAACACUGCUCCUCUCAGAAUACUACUGUGGACCUUCUGCCUACUUCUGAAGAUUGUGUGGAUUAUGCUCUGAUUGCUGUGCCUGUUGUAUCUCUCCUCCUGAUAGUCACUCUCACUACAGUUGUUGUGACUCAAUGCGUACUCAUCAUCAGAAUGAGGAGGUCUAGGAAGAACAACACUGAGUCAUAUUAUACCAGCCCAACCACCAACACUACUGAUGUUCCUAUGUACAGUAAUGAGGCAUAUUCACUGACCAUGAUGAAUACCAACUGGGAAGAGUUCGAAAGGUGAAGAACUCGAGACUCAUUGGCAACUAAGAUAAUUACAGCCAGGGAUAAUAUUAUAGCUAACUCUACUGUUUUGUUAUAUAUCCUUCAUGUGUUUUUGCUGUUGACCUUCAGUGUAUAUAUUAUAUACAACUGUGAUUAAAAAUUCACUAGC